CCCUGAGGAACUGACCUCUCUAUCCUUGUCUGGAAAAUAACUGUGAAAAAGUAAAAUGGAAUAUAAUAAAACUAAAUUCUGCAAAACAGUCAGAGGGACAUCCCUCCUGCCGCCUCUAAAUCAGAGAAAGAAGAACUAAGGGAUGAAGACGGUAAAUUGUGAUUUCUGACAACGAAAGAAAGUGAAUUGAAGAGGAGGGCAUUUGUACGCGCUUCUAUCUGACAACUCGGGGAUGACGCGCCAGAUUUAUUCUCAUAAUUAUACUGUUCACGUUUUUUUUCUUCUUUUGAGGGAAAGGCAAAGAGCACAGAGGAGAGAAUAGCGGUGGAGAGAAAAGGGGAGGAGAGAGCAGAGAGUAAAGUGCAGAGCAGAGAGAGGAGAGGACCAGAGCAGAGAGGAGGAAGGAGUGUGCAAGAAGAGGAUACAAGUGAAGGUGGGGAGAGGAUGGAUAGCAGAUGGGAUCUUCGUGUUGAUGAAAUCAUGAACUCCACUGACCUCUGCAGGAGAAUAAAAUAAGCUCAACCGGCUGCAAAAUCAUGAGCACUCCCACAUCAGGAGGCCCAAAUAUGGAGGUGACGGGCAUCUCUCAGGAGAUGGCAUUGCUUAGCAACUUACUGGCAGCUUACACCUUCAUUGCAGACCAACCCGAGAGGACAGCUUUGGUGUUUCUGGGCGGCGUCUGUGUCGGCCUCCUCGUCACGCUGUGCGCCAUCGUCUUCCAGAUACACUGUCGGGCAGACUGUCACUAUGGCAACAGUAAGCACCACAACCACCGCCACAGGAACAAGCAUCACGGCCGUCGCCAUCACAGCUGUCCCCUCCAUCCGCCUGUGGACAGUAAUGCAGAUAACACUGCUGUUGUUGCCACUGGAGGAAGCGGGCCCGCUGGGGACAGCGAAUCAGAGGACUGGGAUGACGCGUCCGACCUGUCAUCACGGAGACGCAGGCGCUUUGAGAGGGCUCUGCUGCACGCCACCAUGUUCACGUCAGCUGAGGAGCUGGACAGGGCCCAGCGGCUGGAGGAGCGGGAACGGAUUCUCCGAGAGAUCUGGAUGAACGGACAACCGGACAUUAGUACAGUCACUCAAAGCCUCAACAGAUAUUACUAAUGGAUAAUCAAUCAGGUAGUCAGAGGGACGAGAAGAUAGAAGAUAGAUAGAAAUCCACAAAUGAAGAAACAAAAAACACAGGAUUAAUGGAACAUAAAUGAUCAGAUUAGAACGGCGUCUGCACUUCACCAAAGAGACUGACAGAUCAAACUCUUAGUGACUGUCCCCUCCGAACCAUAUGAGUUGUGAUGGCUCACUCCUCCACUGCAGGGUGACACUCAAGGGUUUGGAGGAAGAAGGUGAAUGAACAAGUAAGCCGGAAGACGAAACUUCAGAGCAUAAGCUGCCAUGCUGUUGGUAAAAGCUGCUCAUGGGAUUUUAUAACUAAUAAAAUGACAUUUAGAACUAAUAAAAUGACAUUUUAACAGGUGCUUUCUAGAAUCAUGGACAGAAACGAUGGCGGCUGCAAUGUUGCAGAUGUUUGUCAGUGUGUCUGUUCAGAUAUUGGUGAUAAUGUGAUGUUGCACUUUUCUCAGAUCACUCUGUUUUUGGGUGGGAACUGCAAACUAAGUCAGAGAUGGUCAAUAAAUUCAGAGCAUUUCCAUUGCCUUCUACACGGCUCUCAACGUGGCGCCAGCUGAUCUGGCGGCGAGCAGCUAGAGGUGGAAACAGUCAAUGAGGGAGGAUAACAUCAACAGUGCAAAAGGUGUUUACCUGGGGAGGAAUCAGACGAAAAGAGAGAUACAAACCUCUGGCCCCGCUAUGAGAAUGAAACACAGAGAAGCUUGGAUUACAACACGCACGUCCAACAGCGACUGCAUUAUUUGCUUAAGUAGACAUCCAGACGUACUCCAUUGUGACUUUACAAAUUAUUUUUGGUGCUAUAUUAAUGCUCUGAAUUUUGAAUUUAGAAACAAUAGAGAAGAAUAAAAUAAUGAGAGAUGUUGCUCAAUGCCAAGAUACAUUUAAAACAUAACAGUGCUUUUACGACUGUAGUUCUGCAGUCCCAGAGGAUAAGAACACUUUUAGGAAGGACACUCAACAUGGGUUGAUAUAUGCAUGGUAAAAUUGAAAACUAUUGGAUGGAGGCUUAUCAGGUACAGGUGCUGUUGCUCAAAGACACAGGACAGCAUGCCAUCAUCCCUCAGAGGCUCAUGCUGCCCAACUUUCAUUGGCUCUUGUGAAACUGAGCUGAAGGGUUGGGAAACUUUCAAUCUAGCAAUUUAUUAAUGCGGUUUUCUGUACAUAUAAUAUUGAGUAAAGUCCGCUGUUGAAAUGAAAUAUCGUGGCCCACAUUUCUUCAACAGUUUAAAUGUCUUGGGAAUGUUGUACAUGUGUGUCGUCUCCUGUUAGGUGGCAUUAUGGACUGUGGUGGGACGUCAGAUUGGAUACAAUGCAAAAUGCCAACUGAGUCUGGGUUCAUGGACAUUGGAGUCAGACUCUCCCUGGUGUUCAUAAAGAUACAAAUGCAUCUUUCAAUCAGAUACAUUUAAUUAAAAUGAAUAGAUGAAUAGAUGAACAGGUAAAUACAAAAUAAAAGCAACAGUCGUUAUAAUAUUUGAAUAUGAUGUAAUGAAUAUGGCUCUUCUCACUGUCAUUAAAUCAAUUAUUAUUAUUAUUAACAUAAAUCAUCACAAGCACCGCCAGUAUUGUAUUCAGUACUAACAAUGUUUUAAGAAUAAGUAAAAGCUCUAUUGCUUUAACCUAUGAACUCCCAUAUUUCCCUUUCCCCCAAAUAUUGGUUUGGUCACUUUCAUCAGGGUUUUGGGUAGUUCCACACAGUUCUGUAGAAUGUUCCUCCGGCCAUAAUGUUCACAAGGUGAAAUGUCCACUAAAUAAAUGACAGGAUUGUAUUGAUUUAGAAUCCUGAAAA